AUGAAUGCCACUGAAAAUAUAAAAAAAUCAAAAAAUGACAAAAUAAUAGGAAAUAUUUAUGAAAAAAAUGAUAAGAAAGAUUAUACUCCUUCAAUCAAUAACAAAUUAAAUGUUGAUCAGUUUAAAUCUCUUAAUGAAAAAAAUAAAUUUACUAUAAAAUAUGAAAAAAAUUUUGUUGAUAAACCAAUAACAACAAUAUCAAAUACAAUUACUGAUGAUAAAAUUACUAAUAAAAAUGAAGAAGUUAUAUCAUCACUUCAAAAAACAAAUGAUAAAUCAUUAAAUGAAGAAAGUAUAAAUAAAUUUGAUUUAAAUAAAGAACGUACUGUAAAUUUAUCUGAUUUAAUAAUAAUUAAAAAUGAGGAUGAAAGAUUAGAGUAUAAUAAAGGUAUUGAAAAUUAUCAAUUUAAUGCUUUGGUUAGUAGAAAAAUUGGGUAUAGGAGAAAAAUUUUAGACUCAAGAAAUGAUCAAUGUCGUGAUAUAAAAUAUUCCUCUGAUCUAGAUCCAGCCUCAAUAAUUAUUUGUUAUUUUAAUGAAGAACCUUAUGUUUUAAUUAGAAUGGUAAAUUCUAUUCUUGAUAGGACAGCUGAUCACCUGAUUCAUGAAAUAUUACUAGUAGAUGAUUCAAGUAAUUUAGUUGACAGGCAUCCAGAAAUUAUCACAAAAUAUAAAGAAAAAUAUUGGCCUGAUAAAGUAAAAAUGUUAAAGACACAAAAAAAUGAAGGGUUAAUUAGAGCUAAAAUAUUUGGUGCUCAUCAAGCAACCGGUAAAAAUUUAGUAUUUUUAGAUAGUCAUUGUGAGGUUAAUGAAAAAUGGUUAGAUCCACUUUUAGAAAGAAUUAAAAUUGAUCCUAAAAAAGUUGUAUGUCCAAUAAUAGAUAUUAUUAAACAUGAAAAUCUUGAAUAUGUAACAUCACCUAUUUGUAUGGGUGGUUUUACAUGGUCAUUGAUAUUUAAAUGGGAUUAUCCUGAUAAUAAUUAUUUAAAUAAUCGUGAAAAUCUCAUAAAACCAUUGAAAUCCCCAACAAUGGCUGGUGGAUUAUUUGCUAUUAGUAAAGAAACAUUUACAAAAAUUGGUGAAUAUGAUUCAGGAAUGGAUAUUUGGGGUGCAGAAAAUGUUGAGAUGUCUUUUCGUAUUUGGAUGUGUGGAUAUGAAAUAGAAAUUAUACCAUGUAGUAGAGUUGGUCAUAUUUUUAGAGAUAAACGUCCAUAUGGUACAAAUAUUGAUUCAAUGGCUAAAAAUUCUCUUCGUGCUGCCUUAAUAUGGAUGGAUGAAUAUAAGGAGGAAUUUUUCAAAGCAAAACCUUAUCUAAAAAUUAUGGAUGAAAGUCAGUAUGGUGAUAUAAGUAAAAUGGUAAAACUUCGCCAAGAUUUACAAUGUAAAUCAUUUGAUUGGUAUUUAAAAAAUAUUUAUCCUAGACUUUAUCCUGGUAAUAUAUUUAAUGAAACAGAAAUAAGAUUGUCAAAAAUUAUGUGGGAAAAUGAAAAAAAAUUUCAAAUUAAGUUUGAAAAUAAUAAUUUAUGUUUAUCAGCAGAAUCAUUACCUAGUGGUAGAGUAGGUGUAAAAGCAAAAUUAUUCCUUGAAUCUUGUAAUUCAAAAUUACGACAACAAAUCUGGAGAAUAACUAAAAAAGGAGAAUUACGAAAUAUGGCAUCAAGUAAUUUAUGUUUAGAUACAUAUAAUGGUGUUUCAUUAUUGAAAUGUCACAAUCAAGGUUUAUCACAGGAAUGGUUAAAUAUCAAAAAUAAAAUAUAUACAAUUUCAUCUAAAAAAUGUUUAUUUGUAGAUAAAAAUGAGUCACAAUAUGCUUCUAUUGACUAUUGCUCUAAAUCAAAUAAUUGGAAAUUAGAAUAUAUAUAA